UGACUCUAGUCUAUCGUUGGAGAGACGGCGAUCGCGAUCUCUCCGCGGGCAGCAGGCUCGAAAUCGUGCACGAAAGUGUUGUUUGACGGGCCUUUCGGAGCCAGCGGGGCUUCGAAGUGGGCGCCGAAGGACGUGUGGCGGCGCCGGCGAGACGUUCGGGGCCGGGGCACGCGGCGAGGAGCGGCAGGUGCGCGGAGAAAGGUCGUUGAAGGAGCAGCUGCUGCUCCACAAUAGACAGAUGGCCCGAGGGGCGGGUUCUUAGCCCCAACAAUCUCUCACCCUCGAGAAGGAGAUCUGCUCGUCGCAGACGCAGCAGCGCCGACCAUGCAACCCUCGACCAUGCCCUCGAGCAUGGACGAGGAGCUGUGGCGGGCCCACAAGCGCCGCAGCGCCGGGCCCAACUUGUGGCGCGGCCCCGACGGCGCCAACAAUAACAACGCACCCCAGCACGCUGCCCAGGAACACACGUCGACGCGGGUGUCUUACGACAUGCAGUGCUGGAGCAGGGGCGGCGUACCCUGUACCUGCGGCUCCUGUCGCUCGCCCAGCGCCACGGCCGCCAUGAUCAAGAAGGGCACGGCAACCACCUCCCGGUCCGACGUGAUGAAGCGCUUCAGAGCACAGCAGCAGGCGUACGAGUUGUCGCCAGACCUGCUGGAGAAGCAGGUGGAGAUGCUGGAGCGAAAGUACGGCGGAGCCAAAGCACGCCGAGCCGCCCUCAUCAUCCAACGCGCCUUUCGCAGGUACAAGCUGGUGAAAAAAUUCGCUGCCAUCACGGCCAUGGCGAAGGCGGAGAAGAGGCUAAGUCGUCGUCUGGACGGAACGCCUGGGGGCUCUGGCGAGUGGUCACCGUCGCACCACUUCUACCAGCUGGGCGCCCCGCACCGGCCUGUGUAUGUCCAGCCGCAGGAGCAGCAGCACCCCGCCGCCUGCGAGCAGUGCGCCUGUGAGGCUGAGGUCGUCAUCAGGAACAACUUUGCCGCCCUCUACAGAGACCUGAGCGACACCAGGCAAGGCAUGCCGAGUAACAGGUCGCAGUCGAUGCGAGACCGGCGGGGUAACAGCGUGCCCUCGCCCCGGCAGGACGAGAUGACCCCGAAGCAACAGUCGCUGCCGCCGCACAUCCACCCGGCGCAGUUGCCGCGCAGCCACUCGGAGGCGGAGGAAGGCCCUUCGUACAGCCAGUUCGAGGAAUACUGCGCCUAUUACUGCAGCCACCAGCAAUUUUCGGAGCCGGUCGUGCUCACCACCGCCACACAUUACUAUGCCAAAGAGGAAAUCGAGACGCGGCGGAUAGCGACGCCAACAACGAUAAUCACGGCGCCCCGUCCGGUGAGCAACAAGAUGACCAGCAGCACUGCACGGCUGCACACGUCGACGACCAGCGUGAGCAGCCACAAUAGCUCGUCCGCAUCACAGCAUGAGUGGAGCGCGGCAGCGGUGGCAGCACAUUGUGCCAGUAAGAAGGUUCCUCCGGAGGUUCCGAAGAGGACCACCUCCAUACUGAGCACACGCUCUACCUCCAGUAGCCCGAGUCCGUCGAUUAAUUCGAGCAGGAAUAACAGCUCGCUGCUCAAUGGCUCCUCCGUCAUGAGUUCCUCCAUGGAGAGCAGCAACCUGUCCGUCAGUGAUAGCAGCAUAUCUUUGUCCACGGAGCGCUCCGACCCUGAGGUCUGGACCAGAAAGACUCAGUCGCCGGAUCUGAGCGCUGCCUCGGCGGCGCCGGCGGGCCCGGCCGCGGCGCCCAGGGACGAUCCCGGCCUGCAGGCGCAGCACGUGCAGCUGCGGGCGCUGAACGAGUCGCAGGCGUCGCUCUACAAGGUGUCGGAGACGGUGCGCAAGCGGCAGUACCGCGUCGGCCUCAAUUUGUUCAACAAGAAGCCUGAGCGCGGCGUCAACCACCUCAUCCGCAGGUGCUUCCUCGAGGCGUCGCCGCAGAGCGUCGCUAGGUUUCUCAUCACCAGGAAGGGUCUCUCAAAGCAAAUGAUUGGAGAGUACCUAGGCACCCUGCAGAACCCUUUCAACAUGGCUGUUUUAGAAUGCUUUGCUCAGGAGAUGGACCUGUCCGGUAUGACGGUGGACGUAGCGCUGCGCAAGUUCCAAACGCACUUCCGCAUGCCUGGCGAGGCGCAGAAGAUCGAGCGGCUGAUGGAGGUGUUCGGGCAGCGCUACUGCCAGUGCAACGAGGAGUUAGUUUCUCGGCUGCGCAGCCCUGACACGGUGUUCGUGCUGGCCUUCGCGGUCAUCAUGCUCAACACUGACCUGCACACGCCCAACCUGAAGCCCGAGCGGCGCAUGAAGGUGGAGGACUUCGUCAGGAAUUUGCGCGGCAUCGACGACGGUACCGACAUCGACAGGGACCUGCUAGUCGGCAUCUACGACCGUGUCAAAAACACAGAGUUCAAGCCUGGCCACGACCACGUCACGCAGGUCAUGAAAGUGCAGACCACCAUAGGUGGUAAGAAACCGAAUUUGGCUUUGCCGCAUCGAAGACUAGUAUGCUACUGCCGACUUUACGAAGUGCCCGAUAUCUAUAAGAAGGAGCGGCCGGGUUUGCAUCAGCGAGAGGUCUUCCUCUUUAACGAUCUCCUGGUCAUUACGAAAAUCUUCAGCAAGAAGAAGAGUUCAGUCACAUAUUCAUUUAGACAAAGUUUCACCCUCUGCGGGAUGAUGGUUUCAACAUUUGAAACGCCUCAUUACCAAUUUGGAAUUAAGCUGAGCCAGCGUCUGGAUAACCGGGUGCUGGUGAUGUUUAACGCGCGCAACGAGCACGACAGGUGCAAGUUCGCCGAGGACCUGCGUGAGUCGAUCUGUGAGAUGGACGAGAUGGAGAAUUUGCGCAUCGAGGCCGAGCUGGAGCGGCAGAAGAGCGGCCGGCGGCGCGCCGUGGCCGAGAACCGCGACAGCGGCGUGGCCGAUGUAGAGGUGACCCUGUCGCCGACAGCCACCACCGCCACCACUAUGCCCCUCGCGCACCCAAACUCGACGCCGCAGGCGUGUCCGGCCCCUGCCCCGGGGGACAGUAGCCCCGCGGACACGACUUGCGGCGGCCCUGGGGGCCAGCAGCAGGAGGCGCUCAAGCGCUCUGCGCUUAGCAACUCCCUGCUCGACAUCCACGACCAAUUCAACGGGGAAAAGCCUCAGCGGCGCGGCAGCGUCGGCUCACUGGACAGCGGCAUGUCCGUGUCGUUCCAGUCGACGUCGGCGAGCACUGUCAGCAGGGACUCGUCUCCGCAGAACAUGCAACCCAGCAGCCAGCAGUUCCAGAAGGCGCAGAAGACGACUACUGCGGCGGCGGUGACGUCAGUGGGCCAUCAGCAAUCGUUCCUGGGCGGUAUCUUCCACAAGCGGCGGCCGCACCGGCCUGAGGACAACGGCUUUUGCGCCGCCGGCUGUCGAAGCACCGAGGUGUGAGCAGGCGGACAAAAGCAAAACCGAGGAAGCAGCCCGCAAGAUCUGAUUUUCAGCGCCGACAUCCCCGAAAUUGAUUUUUUCGGUUCGCUAGUCGCGUCCUUUGCUCAACGGACACACACUCCCUUUCGGUCACAACGUUUGCACAAAUUCUCGUCUGGCGCUUUGUGCGCCGCCGCCUCGGACAGUCUCUCGGCUCGCACCCAGGAGAACGAAACCAAAGAGCGCUCGGUCCCGGCUCAGCCCUUACUUUGCAAAAUGAUCUGGUCAAGAGUAAUAAUCACGUAUUGUGUAACACUACGAUAUAAAAUAUUGAUGAUUGGUGAGUGCCUGAAUAGUGAUACACGUGUCGACAAAGUUGAUAUUAUUUAUCGAACAAGCAGUCUCCUCAUCGCCUUGUUUCCUUAAUCCUAUUUUUAAUGACUUCUUUUGUGUUUGUUUUUCGCGGCGGUCCCCAAGGUCCGAGGUAAAUAAACCUGUCUUGACUGUGUGCGCGUUUUGGUAGCUAAUUCGAUUUGUAGUCAGCCGGCCUGGGUUGGAAAGUCAAGAUGUUUUAAAUGUUUCCGUUUGCCAGACUCAACUAUCUUUAAUUGUUCAAAUACACAAAAUUAUUAGGAGAUUUUUUUUUUAAAUUUAUUACUUCACCACAAUUACACUUACUUGAAUUGGAAAGAUUUUAAGUUAUUUAUUCUAGCCGGUAUUUUUUUAAUCAAGGGAUUUUCAGGAAGAAAGGAAAGAUUUUAAUGAAGGACUAAAAACAUGAGCCGGCCAUCAACUUUCCCAAAUUUGCUUUUUUGUCCUCUGUUUUCCUCUUUUCUUAAAUUCCGGAUAUUUGAAACAAAUUAGGCAAAUCCUUCCUUCUAAAUUAUUCUCAUUUCAUCAGUUAAAGCCGGGCCAAUUGCUUCUGUUUUUAUUAUGUAUUUUUUAUGCCCUGAUAUUACGGUGGACAUUGGGACCAACACUCCGGUAGCCAUUCCAGUACACAUUGCCGAUCGAUCUCAACCCUUGCGCGACUUUUCAGCCCGGCCGCACCCCUUCUUGGACCGCUCGCAAUCCGACUUAAGCAAAUGUACCUUUGAUUUGCGUCUGUAUGUAUGUGUGUGUGUGUGUGUUUGCGCGCGCGUUGAUGAGCGUAAUUUAUUGACAUCACAUUUACCGCUUGCAUGGAGCUUUUUGCGAAAAGCAGCAGUCGUUUUUACAUCACUCCUUUCCUUUUUGUAUGAUUUUUACUCCUGUGUUUUCUACUCUGUCGAGCCUGCAUGCGUCUUGUCCUUAGAUUGUUACAAUUAUUGUCAAUCAAACAUACGGUUUUUUAACUAUGGCCCGCUCCAGGGGGGCAGCACUAAUCAAUCAAUAAACUAAUUUUUUAAUUAACCAAACUGCAUUCAAAACAACUAUGUGAUGUUAUUGUCAUUAUUACGAUUACGUUUUACCUUUUAAGUUUUGUUAACACUAUGAUUUUGCGUUUAAUGUCAAACUUCUGCGUGCGCUGUACAGUUUUGAAUGAGCAGUAAAUUGUAUCACCUAGUAGUUAUCGUCGUGGAAGCAAGUCCAUUUAAUAUUACGAUUGUUUUUCACUUGUGAUAUAACAAAUAUAAUCAUGAAUAAUAAAUAAUGCGAUAAUCCUAA